GUACAACCUUGGUUAUGCACGCGCUCUAAGGUUGCACGCAAACACUCUCAAAGCUUACAAUAACUUUCACCUACAGCUGCAUAAAUGAAUUCCGCGACACCCGAAGUGCUAGGACGAGGGUCCAGCGAACGGCGGACCGUGCCAGACCAAGCUGAACUGGCCCGACUCGAACUCACGAACGCUCGCGUCGAGACAUGAAUGCUUACAAAACGUGAAGCUCGUUGCGGAGACGCUGUUGAUAGGACAAAAGUAUUUGUCAAGAAGCCUGCCACGCAGGUACCCAUCCACAUGGACCUAGCUCGUCAUUCGGCCUGCCCCACCCGAGGCUUGAGCGACAGCUUAAACAGCUGCCCCUCCAACUGGGGACUUCUCUCAAUUCACCGCAAUACCUCGCAAUCUCUAUCUCAUACCUCAAUUUUACACCUAAAUUACAAUGCCUCCUCUCAAGGUCGGUGAUUCUCUGCCUGAAGGCGUCAAGUUUGAAUGGGCACCCAUCACUGACGCUGACCCCACCGCCUGCGGCCGUCCCCAAGAGUACGAUGCUUCAAAGGAAUGGGCUGGCAAGAAGGUCGUCCUCGUUUCGGUCCCUGGCGCGUUCACGCCCGGCUGCCAGGCUUUCCACCUUCCUCCCUACAUCCAGAAGCUGGGCGAGCUGAAGAGCAAGGGCGUUGACGUUGUUGCUGUCAUCGCAUCCAACGACGCGUGGGUCAUGAACGCUUGGGGCAAGGUCAACGGUGUCAAGGGCGACGACAUCCUCUUCUUCAGCGACACCAAGAGCUUCUUCUCCAAGAACCACGGCUGGGCUGCCGGUAUGGGCGACAGGAACGGCCGCUGGGCUAUGGUCUUCGACAACGGCAAGGUCAUCUACGCCGAGAACGAGAGCAACCCUGGCCAGGUCACCGUCUCUGGCGCCGAGGAGGUUCUCGCCAAGUUGUAAAAAGCCCAAUGAAGGCUUUGCAACGUCUCAUAAAUCAAUAGACUUGAAUGCACAC